AUGAGGAAUAUCAAGGAAGCACAGUUCCCGAGGCCAUUGAGAUCCGAUACCAUCCAGAGGGAUCCUAAUCUAUGGUGUGGGUAUCAUGGGACUAACAGACACCGGACUAGGGACUGCCGACAUCUACACGAGGAGGUGGCAACGUUGUUGAAAAAUAGUCAUCUUAGAGAGUUCUUAAGUGAUCGGGCUAAAAAUAAUUACGGCCGCAAUUGGGAUAAUGCAGAUCCCUCAAAGAUAGCAAAAAUGACAAAGGUGUUGGUGACUCAUAGCAAAAGAAUCCGAGAAGUCGCCGAGGACGACAUCACAUUCAUAGAAGAAGACGUCGAUGUACUUCUGUUACCGCACAAUGAUGCCUUGUUAAUUUCUCUUAGUGUUUUAGAUUUUAAAAUUAAACGUGUUUUGGUGGACCCAGAAAGUCCAGCCAAUAUAUUUCAAUGGAGAGUGAUGGAGCAAGCCAAGAUAAUUGGAAGCAUCAUUCCGGCCACAAAGCUCCUUGCCGGGUUCAACUUAGCAAGUGUGACAACCCGAGGGAGAUCUUGCUGCCUACAAAUGCCGAAGGGGUCAUGA